GAAAUGUGGAGUAGACUUCCCUGGGAUUGGUCUGAGGAUCCUUGGGUAGGAGGUAUAGAUACCGAAAGCCCCCAGCCAAAGGAGGCUUUCCAGAUUCUUUCGUCUCCGCUCAGUGUGGUUUUCUUCUGGGGCCCAAGAAAGACCCCCUCACUGCUGUACAAUGUGGUUUGACCCGGAUUUCCGCGCCGACUCCCUUUUGAUAGCGUGGUUGUGCUUGAAGGUCCCGCCUUCAGAUCACGUGUCCUCCCACCCACCUCCCGCGCUCUUCCCUUUGCUGCGAGAUUUGAACUUUACAUCUGUGAUUCCCAGCUGCUGGUUUAACCCUCCGGAGUUGCGUCGCUCCUUUAUUACACCAACGCUUCAUUCCCGAGGUCCGCGCCAUGGCCCCUCUCGGAAGAAAGCGUAAGGCGGGAGCCGCGCCUAUGGAGACGGUGGACAAGCGCGAGAAACUAGCGGAGGGCGCGGCCGUGGUCAUUGAGCAUUGUACGAGCUGACGCGUCUACGGCCGCCAUGCUGCUGCCCUGAGCCAGGCUCUGCAACUGGAGGCCCCAGAGCUACCUGUGCAAGUGAACCCGUCCAAACCGCGGAGGGGCAGCUUCGAGGUGACGCUGCUGCGCUCGGACAACAGCCGUGUUGAACUCUGGACCGGUAUUAAGAAGGGCCCUCCACGAAAGCUCAAAUUUCCUGAGCCUCAAGAGGUGGUUGAAGAAUUGAAGAAGUACCUUUCAUAAAGAGGUUGGGAAAGAGUCCUCAUGUUGAGCUUUCAGUCCCUGGAGAUGUUGAAGCAUUUAUGAUGGUGCACGGCCAAACUUAAGCUAUGCACCUGAAGCCAUAGUUUCUUCCUCACCAGAAGUGAUGGUUCAGUUGUGAGGCAGCCCUCCAGCAAGGCAUGUAAAAGUGUUUCAAUUGUUUAAUAAAGGCUCAAGUA